UCUUAAACUCAAGAAAUGAUUUCUUCCCAAAACACGGAGGGGGCCCAAACGAGCAUAAACAUUGAACAUGCAUGAUUUAAUUAAAUGACAAACUAACAAUGAAGGGUUGAGUUCUAGUUACAAAAAUAUAAUGUUGAUAUACAUGCAGUGGACACGAGCGAAUACUAAUAAACUUGAAACUUGGAAAGAUUUCAAAAUGCCGAGUUGUUGGUGAAGGAGGGAGCAUGAUUUGAGCUAUCUGUCAACUCUAGUAUCAAGUGCGACACCAACUUGAUAAUAUUUAUAAAUGAAAUAUCAACUUCUUUUUGAAUUCAAGAUAACAUAAUCAUCUGCAUGGUAGUCCUACAAAAGUACAAGUGUAUUUCGUUUUUCGUUGCGGCACCCAGGUAACCAUUGGGCCUCUGGUCGAAUUUCCCAGCCCUACACAAAUUUUCCCUACUUGUUUUUAACGCGCCCCGUGAAUCGACACGGUAAAAUUUUCCGAGCGAGCACCUGUCAGUGAUAUUUAACAGUACGAAUUACACAAAAAUAAAUCGAGAUAAAAGGGGACAUUGUUCAAUUUGAGGAGGAUAGUUUUCUCUCGCCUUUACGUCGCAUCUUUACGCCCGGUUGCGUAAGUCCACGGCACCCAAGUUUCGAUGAAGUUCACUGAAGCGUGUUAGGUUGUCCGGAGGUUCUGUCUUGUCACUAAACACGCAGGCCACUGUUUGAAUAUCUGUGUGUAUGGGUGGAUAUGACUACGAAUUCUGAGAGAAUGGACGAGGGUGAGGAGGAGCAAUUGGACAUCAGGCUCCGACAAGACGAGGAGAUGGAAUUUUUUACAGAGCUUGCACUUCAUGAAGCAGAGCGAUGGAUUUCGGCAGUGACCAGAAAAAAAUUUGCUCAUCCUGAUGACUUUAGAAAAUCCCUGGAGAAUGGUGUGCUUUUGUGCGAGCUUUUGAACUGUUUGAAACCAAGAUCUGUAAAACGAAUCAACAAAUUGCCAGGUGCCAUUGCCGGUUUGGAUAACAUUAAUGUGUUUUUAAAGUCGUGCCGUGAGACCUUCGGACUUGGCAGCAAUCAGCUGUUUGACAUCGGAGACUUGGAAGAUUUGUCCCAGAGAGCUAUUGCAGACUCGGAUAAUCUUAAACAGGAAGUUAGCAGAAGAUCUUUGAAUGUAGCCAUUGCCAUUUUCUGGCUGGGAAGAAGCGUUUCUCAAACAUUUAGUGGUCCACAGCUCGACCAGUCUGCAUUUUCGGCAAUCGUUCACUACAGUGGAAAAGACCUACUUCCGAAAGAACGACAUAGGAAUGACUCGGUGGAUUCCUCUGACCAGACGUCCAGCGCUUAUAGCUCGCACGAGACCAACUCACGAGUGAGCAAUGAGGAUUCAUUAGAACACAAACACAUCAGAGACAGUUCUUGUGAUUCUUUUGUCUCGAAGGAAUCCAUCCCUAGUGUUGACUUGGAAGAUGAAAACAUGCCAGGUUCUGUAACCAGUAAAAUGAGGAGAUACAAUAGUGCAGGUUCUCUGAACACAAGUGGUGGCUACCAUUUCUCUGCCACGUCAAACAGUAUCAAUGUGGAUGAUUAUGGUCACACAAACUCAAACCACCACCGCCGUGGUUCUUCGACAGACAGUAUGGACAGCAGUAGUUACCUAGGUAACCAUUCACGUCAGUCAUCCGACAGUGCAAGUGUUGAUAUCCCAACGCGUACCUUGAAGACCCAGAGAAAGGUUAGUUCCUCUACACUGGAUCCGCUGCAGUUUGUGAAGUCCAAGCCAGCAGACAGCCUAGCAAAGACAGCCCAGGAGCAGAUAGAGGCUGCCAAGGAAACCAAGAUAUCGAGGGUCGUCAUUCCUGAGAAAGACGAUGUGGACUGGCAAUCAACUUCAGAUGACCUUGGGGACUGGCAGUCAAAUCUGAACAUUUGGAAACACCGUCGACGGCGCGCGUCUGCUGCAACCUAUCAGCGAAUCGAGGAAACUGACAGCAUGACUCAAGAAGAGGAAGAGAAGAAAUCUAAGCCCAAGACUUACAAUGAAAUGAUGUCCGAAAGGAAAAAGAGGAUGAGUACAGGUAUGCUGAAUUUUUACCCGAUGGAUGAUGAUGACGACGACUUGUUCAGUAAAAAGUCGGAGCCUUUACAGGAGACUAUACAGAAAACAGAACAGGUCCGGCAAGAAACAGCGCCCUCUGUCAGGCUGCAACAGCGUCUCUCCUUGAAAAAUAGAACGAAUUCUUUUGGAAGUGAAAAAUCAAGUUAUGAAGAAAAGAAUAUAGCAGACUGGGCCAAAGAUGAUGAUGAUCAGAAUAACACAAAUAAUGCGCAGGAUGAAAACUCUGUGGAAGAAAAAACUGGUGCUCCGAGAACCACUCACGAUGACAAAUUCAAUCGAGGGAAAGUGUCAGAAAGUAAAAAAUCUCUUAGUGGUGAUUCCUCAUGGAGAACUCAGGCUAAGCAGGACUCUUCCACUGCCAAUAGAAGUGAGAACAGCACAUCGUCAGUAAACAAAAUUAGCAACAUAUUAAAAAGUUUUGAGAAAAAAGAACAAGUGGAUUAUGAAAAACCAAAGAAAAAAUUUGAAUUCAGUGUGGGAGCGGGACGGACUCGUUCCAAGUGGCAGGAAAUGGAGAAAAAAGAAACCCAUGAUUCCCCACCUGUGAGACUCGCAGAUCGUCCAAGGGCAAAAUCUCACCCAGCAAAGGAUUUCACAGAGAAGAAUAUAAAGAUUAACCUUCAGAGCCCCCACAACAGCAAAGGUUUUGGAUUUAGUAUCGCUGGAGGUGUGGAAAAGAAACAGCCCAUAACAGUGUAUAAAGUCACCAUAGGGAGUGCGGCUGAUGUUUGUGAUUUACAGAUGAAGGACAUUAUCUUAGCUGUGAACAGAAGGGACACCUCAACCAUGACAAACCCACAGGUCCAGCACAUCAUCGACAACAGCGUCAGACAUGGACAUCUAGAACUCCGAAUCAAGAGAGAGGCAGGAGAAGAGUAUGGUUGGCCUGACAUAGAUGAUGACGACAUCGAUGAUGAAGCGUUUGAGGAAAAGCCAGCCAGUCCACAGAAUCACUCUCCAAUAUGGAAGUCCCCAGCCCUGGCUCCUAACUCUCACAGUCCCAAAACCAGCACCUCACCAUCUACCAGCCCUGGCUACCAUUACAAACACACAGAAAGAUCAACACCAGGUCAUCAAAGACACAGCCCAAAGUCCACUCUGGACCAUCACAAACACACUGAUAACCAAGAUCAUCACAAACACACUGAUAACCAAGAUCAUAACAGACACAAUGAUAGGUGGACAUCUGAAUACACCAGAAAGGAGGAGAAAGCGGAUUCAAAUCCCAGCUAUUACCAAAGGCACCGGGAUACAGCACCCACGGUAACCAGCAAGAAAACCGAAAAAGUUCCACCUCCAGUCCCAGAAAAGAGAACCCCAGCACUCAAGGAGGAUGUAAAAUUAGAGGUGGCAGUCUCCGCCACCAAAUGGGAGCCACCCCAGCAGGAGCCCAGGAAACCAGUGUCCAACACCACAGCAGAUGAGGAACCUAUGUGGAUAAUGGAUAAACUUAAAGCGGAGCACAGAUCUGUCAAACACUCCCCAGUCCUCGACACCAGACGACCAGAAACAAACAACAAUGAUGUGAAACAGGAAUCAGAAAGCGAAAGUGAAAGUGAAGAAGAGGAGGAAGAAGAAGAGUUGCGUGAGGAAGAAUCCCCGCAGAUAGAGACUGCAGUGAUCGAGAGACCUACCAUUACAGUCAGGAAAAAUAAAGAAAUUAAGGUGAUUGAGCCAGAGCCCCCGGUGGUACUGCAGUCUUCCAUCCUUCAGGAGCCCCCACCUCCACCCCCACCCUCUGAGGCACCCCCUCCUCUAAAGCCCAGUAACCUGGGUGAAGAAAUAUUCAAACCCCCGGACAUCCUCAGACGCUGGCAGAAGUCCUCAAGGUCAGGGCGGUCAUCCUCUUCCAACUCGCUAGACAGUGAUGCCGACAAACGUUUGAGUUCUUCAUCUCUACAGGCUGAGUUCAACAUUAAUCAGACCAGCCCAAGUCAUGUGGAAAUGGAUCCUUCGAAGGAGCCUCAGUAUGAUGCUAAAGUGGGACAACCAGUCACUCUUCAGAUAUCAACGUCUCAUCUGAUCAUUGACCCACGUAACCAGAACCAUGCAGAGGAUCCAGUACCUUUGCCUGAAUACAGUUUCCAUGUCAACCUUGAUCAACCAAAAGAGACAGGAAGUGUGCUUCCAAGUCCAGAUUUAAAUAAUGAUCAAAAACAUUUACAAGAGGAAGAAGAAAAGACCAGGAUAAUGAAGGAAAAGGAGGAACAAUUGAGAAAGCAGGAGGAGGAGAUCAGAAAAGAGAGAGAGAAAUUGCGUCUCGAACAGGAAAAGGUUCAACGCGAGAGAGAGGCUCUGGAGAGACAGAAGCAUGUGGAGGAAAAGCCAAAGUAUCGCCUGACACAUGACAACAAGAGAGAAAUGAACGGUUAUGAUAAACCCAGUGAUAAUGUGACUCAGUUUAGUGUGUCUCAGGAGACCAGUCAGGGGCCGAGGAGACUGGAAACAUUGUGGGCACCAGAUCCUAACAAGGACAAGCAGCGGUGGUCAAGAGAGGACAUGAUGGCCAUGAAUCGUAAGCCCACUCCUUUACAGAAAAAACCUGAGCCUGAACUGGAGCCAGAGAGCUCUAAGGAAGUGCAGCAUUCCAAUUCUGUGCCAAAAUCUAGACCACACAGCGGUGACCAUAUUCAAACCCAGAUUAAACCACAUAGAUCUGAGCAUCACAAUCUACACUCUCACUGGAUGGUAGAGGAGGCUGAAAGGAGGAGGAGGGCAGAGAAUAAACGGCAUUCUGUUCAUUCCUACGGAGGACCAAUUAAACCGGUGCAUCAGGAGGGGGUUGCUAAUCGCUGGCGAGACGAUACCUCCGUCCCUAAACAACAAACAUACAGUACCAACAGUGUGAUUUCCCCUAGAUCUUUAGACACCAAACAGUUUAGUGCUGUGAAUGAACCAGAUAAACUGUCUCAUACUCUUCCAGCCAAUUAUAGUUACAGUCACGCACCAAAAUCAGAUAACAGUCUACGACCUUCCAAAAGUUCACCGAAUCCCCCCUCCCCAACAUCACCCCCAAGCCAUGCUGAACAAAUUAUGGCAGUCAGCGGAAAACAGCUUUGCUCUCAUUGUGCCCAAGAAUUAGGGUUUGGAGCUGCCAUGGUGAUUGAAUCCCUUGGUCUGUAUUACCAUGUACAGUGCUUCCGAUGCUGCGUCUGCCACACAACACUGGGUAAUGGAUCCCAGGGAGCAGACGUCAGAGUGCGAGUCAACAAGCUACACUGUCGGAAUUGUUACAGUAACGAUGAGGGUCAGUACUAGACAAUGGACAGACGUGACAAAUCUCAGAUUAGAAAACUCAUAAUAUCUGCUGGUUUGAAAUUUAGCAAAGUUUGAACCAUAUCCAUGAAAAGUAUUUUAAAAAACCGUGAGAAGCUAAGGGAAGUAACCUGCGUACUGGUACUGGAUCUAGCUGAGGUGAUUUGACCAAUCUGUGUAGCAGGUGCCCUAUUCAACAGUAGAAAACAAUCCAGGGACUUAGUGUUUUUAGUUGUCCAAAUGACUAGCAUACACUUACUGGUUGCUUGGUUACACAAGAUGGGGUUGUGGCAAUGUUUAAUUUUCAGAAUUGUAUUUCGUGUUCAAAUGUGCUUCCAAAAAAGGGGUUGAGACAUAUAUCCUUGUACACAUGUUGUAAUGUAAGUGGCAGAUUAUAUGUACUUUUUGCUUGAUUUGGCUUUCAAAUAAUCUAAAUACUGUGCAAGCAAUUUGAACAUUUUUAAAAACCUGAUUCAGGGAUGUCAUUUCCCUUUCCAGGUUUUAGCGUAUCUGAUAGCAUAUGUUGCCCUUUGAUAUGACCAUCCUGUAGAAAUUAAUCUCAUUGUUGUUCAGCUCUCAGUUAUACUUCUCUACUUUUGAUUAAUUUAAAAAGUUUGUGACAUUUUUAAUGCAAAUUCUGUGCCAUGAAUUUGUGAAAUUGUACUAAGACAGUGAUGUAAUACUGGUAUCAUGUGUAUACCAAGGUUUUCUUGUGGGUCUAAGACAGUGAUGUAAUACUGGUAUCAUGUGUAUAAAUUCUCAUGGGUUUUCUCCUGGGUAUUUAAUGUAAAUGUGUGUACAUGCAGUUUUAGUUGCUAGAUAUACAUGUGCAUGUAUAAAACUUACAACAGUAUUCAAAAAUAUUCAUGUGUUGUGACUCUGAUAAUUAUAUCUCAUUGAUAAUCAAUAUAUAUAUAUACCAAUUUUGUUGGGUGUUGGUGUACGAUAUAUACAAACAACAUUCGUCAUGAAUUUAUUGUUUUGUUGAUUUAAUGACCUCAUGCAAUAGUCCGUGCCUUUCUCUACUGGUAUUUUUCAGACAUAUUGAACUGCAUGUUAUACUGUCAGAUUACAUGUUUUGAUGAUGAGUUGAUGUUGAAAGUCAUUAACAUUCCAUGGCCAGGUUGUCAAAUGUGUUUUGUCUCAUCCAUUUCGUUAUAUUUUGUUUUCAACAUAUUAUAUCCUCUUUUUUGCAUAUUUGCUGUGAUCAGGGUAGAUUUGACGAAAAAUAUUUAUUGAAACAUUGACUAGAAUUUUUAAAUUUCGAAAGUAAUUUUAUUUAAUAAAUUCAUGUUUACACAACUUUUAUGAAAGUUUUAAAGUGCUGGAUACAGGGUGCAUCAAUGUAAAGCAAAAUAAAAGUUGUGCAAACAUUAAACAUUGAUUAUUAAUCUUCAUGAAAUUUACUAACCACUUGUAACCGGGUCAUUUUAAGAGAUAUUUGCUGUACUCCUGAAACUAAUCAUGUUAUUAUGGAUGAUGGAGUUGUUUAUUUUAGUCAUGAUUUCGGUCAUACAUGUAACGGAUGAUAAAAAUCACACAAGCAUUUUCUACUUCCUUCUUACGUUAAUUUUUAAGAUCAAUAUGUGUUGAUGUAAAUGAGCAACUCCUCAGUCCUGAGCUUUCUUUGUGCAUGGUUCAAAGGGCAAAAACUGUGCAAUGUUAAUAAGCAAUAUUUUAAACACAUUAACUACAGCAGGUAUAUAAUUCAUACAUAAAUAGCAUUGUAUGCAUGACAUAAUAUGGUAUAUAUUUUUAUAUAUGUUUGCAUUGAUACACAAUGUAUGAAGUAUUUAAUAUUCUGAGUUACAAGUUGUAUACUUUUUGUAAUAUCUAUGCAAUUAUGAAAAUGAAGCAGAUAGGACAUGACAGAAAUUUAAUCUACAGGUUCAGUCUGAUGAUUUUCUUUAGAUUGUAUUUAAAACCUGGUUAAUUAAAUAUGUCAUUGAAAAUCGCAAUUACUGCAAUACACCACAAGCUUGAAUUACAAGCUGUAUACAGUAAUAAAUAUAUAUACAAUAAUGACUGUAUGCUAUGCAGUAAUAUCAUAAUCCUAAUUUUAUAUAUGUAAAUAAGCAGACAUCAAUAAUAUAUUGUCAAAUUAAUGUGAUACUGUAAAUGGCUUAAUAUUUCAAAUAAAUAUAGAAACCUCA